UCGUGGAAACGAAAUUCCAUUUUCGCAUCGCCAUUGAAAGCUGAGUGAGAGUGAGAGGUUGUAUACUGUGGAAACUCUACAGAAGCUUUUCUUCCACAGCCUCUGCCUCUGUUCUUCUUCCACAGCUACUCCCUGUCCGUAGAUAAUUGCAGAUUCCAUUUUCCAUUUCUCUCUCUCGCUCCCCAUAUUUUCAGACCUUCCUUAAUUUUAUACGAUAUUCAAUCCCACGUUUUCUUCUGGGUCUUCGCGAAUCUCAUCCUACGGAGGCCGAAUCCUUCCCCCCAGUUCAACCCGCCGGAGUUCUCGCCUGUUGGAAGCUGAAACGAUGACGGUUGAGCCGCGAGUCGACGACCCAACUGAUCAAUUUCCGUCUGGAAUGCGUGUGCUCGCCGUUGACGACGAUCCCACUUGCCUUUUGAUUUUGGAGACUUUGCUUCGUCGAUGCCAGUAUCAUGUCACUACAACUAAUCAGGCUGUUAUGGCGCUGAAGUUGUUGAGAGAAAACAAGAACAAGUUCGACGUGGUUAUCAGUGAUGUCCACAUGCCUGACAUGGAUGGAUUUAAGCUGCUAGAGCUUGUUGGGCUGGAGAUGGACCUACCUGUUAUUAUGCUGUCUGCAAAUGGUGAUCCCAAGCUUGUGAUGAAAGGAAUUACUCAUGGAGCAUGUGAUUACUUGCUGAAACCUGUUCGCAUUGAGGAGCUAAAGAACAUUUGGCAGCAUGUAAUCAGGAGAAAGAAAUUUGAUCCGAAGGACCGAAUGAAUUCUGACAAUCUGGACAAGCCUGAUUCUGAGACCGGGGAAGAAGCAGCUGAUUCAAAUGGGAAAUUUAAUAAAAAGAGGAAGGAUCAGAACUACAAUGAAGAUGAGGACCAGGACUAUAAUGGGCAAGAGAAUGAUGACUCGUCGACCCAGAAGAAACCUCGCGUUGUUUGGUCUGUGGAGCUGCAUAGGAAGUUUGUAAAUGCUGUUAACCAGUUGGGCAUAGACAAGGCAGUGCCUAAAAAGAUUUUGGACUUGAUGAAUGUAGAUAAGCUCACAAGAGAAAAUGUAGCCAGCCAUCUCCAGAAAUACAGGCUUUAUCUCAAAAGAAUCAGCUGUGUAGCAAACCAGCAAGCUAACAUGGUGACUGCAUUGAGCAGUGCAGAUCCUUCCUAUUUGAGAAUUGGUUCUCUUAGUGGAAUUGGGAAUUUCCAUUCCUUGAGUGGACCUCCACAGUUUCCCAACACUGCUUUCAGAUCUAUCCCGACUACUGGGAUGCUUGGUCGAUUGAAUACUCCUGCUUGUAUGGGUAUGCACAGCCUUCCUUCUCCGGGUACAGUUCAACUGGGUAGUUUGAACAAUCCAAGCAAUGAUCAGCCUGCAUUUCAGCCAAUCAUGCUUUCUGGAAACCGCAGCGGGAAUAUUUUCCGAGGAAUGCCAGAGCCCUCAGAACUUGAUCAACUACAACAUGUUAAGCAUGGGACCCAUGUGGACGACCUCUCUCCUGAUUUUGAUGAGAGAACAGUAUUUCCUGCUUCCAUUGGCCUACCAAAUGCAACUAUGACUGCUGGUAGCUUGAGCAAUCCUCUUUUAGGAUUAACUAAUGAUCCCUUGAUUUCAGAAGUCCAGCAUCAUGAAGUCCACAGUGGUCGAAAAUUUGGACCUCAAUCUUCCAUUUCAGUAGUAUCCUCCAACUCAGAAAGUUCACGUCCUUCUCUAGAUAAUGCUAGAUGCACCGGUGACAAUUGGUCGAAAGCUGUUCAUUCAUCCAGGAUCCACUUGAAUACCAUUCCAUCCAACAACCUUUCUAAUAUCUCUACUUCCUACCAUAGUCACUUGAGAGACAAUACUACCGGUGCAUUGCAUAUUGGAAAUUGUCUUUCUGACAUUUCUUCCAUCACUUCAAUAUCUACCCAGUCCCGUGAUUCGCAAACAGAUUCUCAAUGUCAAGUAGCCACAACCAGCAAUAAAUAUGAUCAAGUAUUCAAAAAGGUUCCUGUUCAGAAUUGGAACGACCACAAAGAGGAUGCCUAUUACCACACGGCUGUCGCCUGUAGCUCAUCAAAUUCUUUAACACCCGUGAAUGGUGCCGCUGAGACGCUACCCAAGCAUUUGGAAAGUCAUAACACGAUCUUCUACGGAAGCAAGGAUCUUAAUGUGACUAGUCAAGCAAAUGUUCUUGAUCAUGCAAUGGUGGAACAUGAUCAAUUCAAGAAAUCAGCUAUGGAGACAUCACUCGUGUUGAAACAAGGAUACCUGUACGAUCAGCAGCAAAAGAUGCAAGCUAGAUUUUCGUCAAGUAACUGUGGCUCCUUGGAAGAUAUAGCAUGUGCAAUGAUGAAACAGGAACAAGAUGAUGGAAAGUUGUUGGAAGGAGACUUUGGAUGUGAUAGUUACCCGAUCGGAACAUGCAUGUGAAUCCCGAAGAAAAAAGUCUCGAAUCGAACAUCCAGUGUUGUCUAGUUUUUCCUCAAGCAGAUUUUAAUGUAUUUAGUUCCUGCAGGUUUAGCUCUCUGACCAUUGUUCUUCUCAUUUAUCCUCCUAAGUUCAAGAGGAAGUCUCUGUUUUCAUUUUAAUUCCAUGACUGUUUGUUGCUAUUCAUGUUGGCCAACAAUUGUACAUUGUAAUUCAUAUGGGUAAUGAUUCUGUUUCACUA